ACGUUUCCUAUAAAAAGGAGGCGGGCCCAGCGCGUCCCCAGUUCUCCUUCGGGCACAGCAGCAUGGACCCCACGCGAGAUGGACGGGUGGUCAUCAUUGGCAGUGGACUCAUCGGAUGUAGCUGGGCCAUGGUUUUUGCCUCAGGUGGCUUCCAGGUCAAGCUUUAUGAUAUUGUGCAAGAGCAGGUAGCAAAAGCCUUGGAAAAUAUUAGCAAACAACUCAAGCAACUUGAAAAGACAGGAAUGCUGAAAGGUUCACUGAAUGCUGACCAGCAACAGUCUCUCAUUACUGGAUGCACAGAUUUAAAGUCAGCAGUAGAUGGCGCCAUUCACAUUCAGGAAUGUACACCAGAGAAUGUAGAACUAAAAAAGAAGAUUUUUGGCCAGUUAGACCUUAUUGUCAGUAAUGAUGUCGUUCUAAGCAGUUCAACUUCCACUCUUCUGCCAACAAAAUUGUUCACUGGGCUGAAGCAUGUCAAGCAGUGUAUAGUUGCACAUCCUGUAAAUCCACCAUAUUAUGUGCCUUUGGUUGAGUUGGUUCCCCACCCUGAAACAGAACCUUGUGUAUUAGAGAGAACCUAUGCUCUCAUGAAGAAGAUUGGACAAUCACCAGUUAAACUGACAAAAGAGGUUGAUGGGUUUGCACUGAAUAGACUCCAGUAUGCGAUUAUUAGUGAGGCAUGGAGACUCGUUGGGGAGGGUGUAAUAUCUCCAACUGAUCUGGAUCUGGUGAUGUCUGAUGGCUUGGGAAUGCGCUAUGCUUUUAUGGGACCCCUGGAAACAAUGCAUCUGAAUGCAGAAGGAAUGUUGAACUAUUGUGAGAGAUACCGUGAGGGCAUGAUACAUGUCUUGAAAACCUUUGGGCCAAUACCAGAUUUCUCAGGGGAAACAGAACAGAAGAUCAAUCAGGCAAUGAUUGAAAAAACACCAGCUGAUCCAGAGCACUUAAAUGCCAGGCGGCACUGGCGAGAUGACUGCCUUAUGCGCCUGUCCCAUCUAAAAAAGGAAACUAAGUCUGAUGGUAUCAAUCAUGUUUAGAUCUUAGGGUAGUUAUUCAAAUAGCUGCAGCUCUUCCACAAGCAGAUGUUAAAUCAUGGAAGACAUGAUUGUGAAUACAAGAGCCCAGUUGAUCUGAACAUCUGUAGUCAAUUUAUUCAAUUUCAGAUUUUAAAAAAAACAGAAUAGCAUCCAAAGCUAGUUUUAAAUGUAGUUUAAAGAAUCUGCAUUUUUGAGACUGAAAGCCAUGAUGCCAUGCUAUUUUAUAAAAUAAAAA